UGGCCGUGCAGCAUAGUCCGUGGAAUGUAUACAAUCGAUUGCAUUUCAAGGUACUGGCAGAAAUCGAUUUCGAAAGAGUUGUUCAUUUUCCAACUUGGCUCAACCUUGGCACUGCUUUUUCUUUCUUCGCCCCAUGAGCAUCCAACCCCCUCCCGUGCCCACGACCGGCACGGCCACAUACGUGUUUGAUCCGUGGAUGACUGGCGGCGUGUCUGGCUCCAUCAUCACGGACGUCGGUGCAGUGUCCACGUCCAUCAAGGCGGACUUGGACUUGACCGAUGCCGACUGGGCCGCGCUAACCGCGUUCGACGGCAACUGCACCAACGUCGCCGUGACCGACUUUGCGUGGCACAUCCAUACCCAGUGGAACAACAACCAGAACCACUCGUCGGGGCUCACAAACGAUUGUGCGAUCGCCAACACGGCCAACCAUUUCGACCCCAACUUUGCAUGUGGCCCCAACUCGGACAAUAUCAAGUCGCGUCAAUGCGCGAACAAAACGUACGGAUGCAACGCGACGUUGUAUGCCAACAACCCCGACGUGUGCGAAAAGGGCGACUUGUCCGGCAAGCUCGGCAAGAUGAAGGCUGUCAACGGCAAGAUAGCCGCGACGUGGAUCGACAAGGGCAACUAUCCGACCGUGGCCGAGCACAAGAUCACGUGGAACAUCGUGCUGCAUGCCGUCUGCGGCACGGCCACCCCUCGCUUUGUCUGCGCUAAGAUCGACACGCUUUCGAUGGACAACAACACGUCGUCGAUCACGACGGUCCGUCCCACGCCAGCGACGGUGCCCACCACCUCCAGCACUACCCCAGCCACGACGGAAGCUUCGUCCGCCAGUGCCAUCAAAGUGUCUGUGAAGGCCAUGGCGGCAAUUGCGUUCGCCUUGGCCUUGAUUUAA